AUGGCAAAAGAUUUAAGUGAUGCAGAGCAAAAAGCAGUUGGAUAUAAAUCAGAAGUAGGAUUACAAACAAAUUCCUUCUCCACAACUCCAAAAAACAAUGAUAACACUAUUGGAAAAGGUGGCAUUAUAGCCAUUAUUUCAGUGGCUAGUUUAGCAGUAAUCGGUAGUCUAGUCGCAGUGAAAAAUAAGUUUAACAAGAAAAAAAGCCUACAACCUCCCCAACUUCCGAUACUCAUUAAACUUAGCCCUUCGUAA